AUGGCUGUCCACCCCUAUUGUAUUCUCCUGUUACUGCUCAUAUCUGGAGCAAUCUGUUAUUCAAGGAAAAGUUACCUUAGGCCAGAUUCUGGCACCCUACAAGAAUAUGUCAACAGGACUGAGAGAAAAGACAGUAAGGAUGGUGGCUCACCACAUCUGCCCAUCUUCAUGCUCAGCCUCUACCAAAGCUUUCAUCGCCUGGAGUCCAGACAUAACGUAGACCUGACAUCAUCGGUACUACAUGGCUUUUCAUCCAGUCUACAAUCUGAUAUUAUCAGGAGCCUUGCAGCUAAAAGCAUUAAGACAAUGGGAGAAAGAUGUGUUCUAGUGUUCGACUUUUCAUCUCUCAGCCACGAUGAGGAGCUUCAGUUUGCAGAAGUCCGAAUUAGAAAAUCUGCAGUAGAAAAGCCUUUUGGAGAUGGGUCUCAAGUGAUAAUGAAUGUUUUUCAUCAAAAUUCAGCAUGUCAAAAGCCCACUAAGCUAUGCAAAAACACUAUAUAUUUGGGCAAGUUCAAAAGUGCACUUCGGUCCAAAGCUUCAGAAAGUUGGAUAGUGGUAGAUGCUACAGAAAUUGUAUCAAAAUGGUUUGACAUUUCUAAUAAAUCUGGCAUUCAAUCUGAAAAACUUAAAGAAAGGUUUCCAUGGCCAGCCAGUGCCAAAAACAGAUACAAAGAGCACACAUCUGAAGAUCAACUGGUGCUUAUGUUUGUAUAUUCCAAUACAUCCAAGAAGGAGAGGUCUUUGGUGUCUGCUAGUCUUCUACUAGAUGCCGCACAGUCAAAAUACCUUACUACAAUACCGGCCAUAAAAAACAUUACAGUAUCCAGAAGAAGUAGAAGAAGCCAUAUUAUUAGAGAUCGGAUGAUAGGCAUGAAACAAGUUCCAACUGCUGACAAUCCAGGCAAUCUUUGUAGAAGAGUAGAUUUAAUUGUAGAUUUCAAGAUGAUUGGUUGGGAUACAUGGAUCAUUCAUCCAAAAAAGUUCAAUGCCUAUCGAUGUGAAGGCACCUGCCCAAGUCCAGUGAAUGAGAGUGUCAAGCCAAAUAAUCAUUCAUACCUACAGAGCUUGUUAAACUUCUAUAACAAUAGAAAAGCCCCAGAGGUGUGCUGCGUUCCCACCAAGAUGAGCUCCCUCAGCAUGGCGUACUAUGAUCAUAUGGAUAUUGCUUUCCAAGUCCAUGAAGCCAUGAUAGUAGAAGAAUGUGGAUGCCAGUAA